AUGGAUGUGCGUCUCAAGGCGAAGAGGUGCCUGUACGCGGGCGAGGGCAAGGGAGUGGUGCUAUGGAAUGACGGAUCCAAGGACGAGCUCAAAGCAGCGUUGGAUGAGGAGAUGCGGAAGCUGAAAGAAGCGAAUCCAGAAUGGUGGGCGUGGCUGAUGUUGGGAUUCCCACCUUUGGCAGUGGCACUGGCAAGCUGGAGGUUCUGGCAGAAUAUCAAGGUCGAGAGGCAGUGGAGGGAGAUGCAGGAGAAGGAGGCGAAAAUGUUUGAACGAGAAUAA